AUGUCCGAGGCACCUUACGACCCCUACAUCCCCUCUGGCCAGACCGGCGGUGCCAGCAGAGAUGGCAACCAGCGCACUGCUGCUCUGCAAGCUGAAAUCGAUUCGACCGUCAAUGUCAUGCGCAACAACAUCAACAAGGUCUCUGAGCGUGGCGAGCGUCUCGACAGUCUGCAAGACAAGACCGACAACUUGGCCGUUUCUGCCCAAGGCUUCAGACGUGGAGCCAACAGAGUCAGAAAGCAGAUGUGGUGGAAGGACAUGAAGAUGAGAAUGUGUCUCAUCGCCGGUAUCAUCAUCUUGCUGGUCAUCAUCAUCGUCCCCAGUGCAUGCAGUCGUCGCAACAAAACAUCACUAGAGCGACCCGGCUCGACGUGUUUUGACGAAAUGACCCCGGAAGUUUGCGAAGCCUCUGUCGACGAGGCACGCGUAUUAUACCACUUUGCCACGAUUCCCCCGUCUGUUCGAAUCCUCUCCGAUACCACGACAUGCCUCGACUGCACUUUAACGAACUGGCGCACAAGGGAGCAUCUGCUGAUCUGUUUCUUGACUUUACGAUUGUUUUCCAGCCUCUGCACAAGCCAAGGGCCUCUAUACGUGUAG